CAUCGGCAUCCAUCAUCCUCUCCAGUGGUGUUUCCCUCACAGAAGGACUUGGAAAAUCUGCAAAAAUGAAAUUGGCCAUCUUGUGCCUAUGUCUGGCUAGCACAGUCUCAGCUGCGCCUUCAUUCUUUCAUUACCUGCCUCAUUAUGCAGGUUCCAGAACACAAGGACCUUCACAGGUGAAAAACCCCUUCACUGCUGGCCAGGCUCUACCUGCGAUACCUGGAGCUUACAGUGUGGAACUAAUUUAUCCUCACAGAUUUCCUGGUACAGGUGGAUCAAAUCCUGCACAGCCCUUUCCCUCUCAUGGUUUCAUCAAAUACUCCAUUCCUCAGCCACCAGGCAGACAGAGUGUGGAAGUCUACUACCCCUAUGACUUCUCCCAGCAAAGGAUAAUGACAAACAUGCCUCCAAUGACAAAUGUCCCUCAGAUGCCAAAUGUGCUUCCAUUCGACUACCCCCAACAAAAUAUUCCCCAGCAAAUCCCAAAUAUUCCCUCAUUUGAUGCCAAUCCUAUUCCAUCCCAGGAUCCCCUGCAGCCUCUCCAGCAGGACCAGCCCGCACAGACGAGCCAGGUGCCGCCAAAGGUUUGAAGUGGAUGAGAGGCAUGAAAAGAAAAUUUCUUCCUUCUUAACAUUCAGACAUCUGCAACUGGUUAAAUAAUUUGAACUGCAAAACAUGGAUUUUCUUGCUAAAGUUAAAAUAAAACGAGAUGAUCAUAACAUAACCACUUAUUUGAUUCAGAAUACUGUUACAGUAGUAAACUAAAUUAUGACAUCUGCAUAGAGUGAAACAUAUUCCUGAAGAAUCCUCUGCUUUACUCAAUAGUCUUCAUAGAUAUUAUGUCGAUGACGCACUUUGUA